AUGACUGAAGCUUCAAAGCAAUCGGUUAGAGUUGCAACCCAGCGUCCAACCUCCACUCCUGCCAUCUUCCUCCUUGCCUCCUUCACUGUCCCCGCAUGGGAGCCAAUCGAGCUCGAGGCGAAACCCGUCCCAUCCACAGAAGGGGCUGCCAGUGCUCCAUCAGAAGCAUAUGAAUUUUCCAAGACUUUCGAGCUAGCGGAGGGUAAAUACGAAUAUCGGUUCCGGGUCGGCACAGACGAUAUUUCGUUCUGUAAUACAGAGAUGCCCACAAGCACUGAUAAAGAUGGCAAUGUGAACAAUAUAUUGCUGGUUGAAAAGCCAUCACACGCAGAGAAAGAAGCCCCAGAAGCUGAGGAUUCUAAGCCGGAAGAUGCGACGGGAAUAUCUCAUGAGACAACGGAGGAAACUUCUGACAAGGGUAGCGGUACAAAUGACGAACCUGUUGUCCAAGAGGAGGAACCCGAACCCAAGGCAGAUAUCGCCGACGCUACAUCCCAAACGGCUGAAGGAGCACCGGCGAAAGCUGAAGAUGCCGACAAAGAUCUUAAAACCUCAAACGAAGAGCUAGAACCAGCCGUUGAGCACCCUGCUGACCCAAGCGUACCUGCACCCAAAGGUAAACCUUGCACCAUCAACUCAUCUGACUUGAAACUUACGAACCUCGCAGAAGCACCCCAGCAAACGGAACUUGAUUCGCCCGAGCUUACCGUCGAAGAUGACGCAGCCAAGCCGGAAAAUGCAGAAUCAAAUCCUCCUCCCGAAGAGUUAACUCCUGCUGCGCCAGACGUUGAGCCACCGGAGCUUAAACCCGAGCCCACACCAGAAACACCGGAAGCGCCAGUGGCUUCUGAGGAAACGGAGCCAACUCUCCCGAAUGCUGAAGUUGAGGCCAUACCAGAACAGUCCAGACUUGACCAAACCUCCACCAUCUCGGAAGCAGUAACUGAUGCUCCAGCGGAGGCGCCUGAACAAUUAGAGGUGCCAGAGAAACCUGUACAGGAGACAGAAUCCGAGGCAUCUGAGCUGUCUGAACCUUCCGAACAGACGGAGAAACCAGCGGAGCCAGAGAAUAUUCCCGAAGAGGUCACAGUGCCAGUUGAACCUAUUCCAGAAACUCCAUCAGAGCCUGCAGGGCUUGUAGGAAAUACAGAGGCGAAAUCCGGAACUUUGUCAAAUGGGACAAGCGCAUUGAAUCCAGCGGCCGCUGAAUUCAAACCGGGAAUGCCCAUAGAAGUGCCAACCCCGAAACCAGCCGAAGGCGAUGAGCAACCAACUGCUUUGGAUGACACUGUAGCCUCCGAUGAGGCAACUGAACCCGAUCCAUUGGAUGACGGAAAUGGUAAAAAGGAGGCACUUGGGCCGUCUCCCGAAAGCGAGGAUGUUAAUGAGACCACAAAGGACGACAUUACCACGACCCGGGAAGCGGAGCAAACCCCUCUGGAUGCAGCCAUCGUUGAACAGGCGGAAGACCCCGCCUCAGAGCCUACUUCUGACGCACCAAAGGCCAGUGAAAGCAAUGCUGAUGCCGAAGUGACUGACCAAGCUAUGGAACACCAAGACGAGAGCGUCCCGGAAAAGCAAGAUUUGGCUCAAGUAGUGGAGGAUACCCAGGCUCCACCAACCGAACAACCUGCGGGAGUCGCAGAGAUUGAACCGGCCAAUCAUCAAGUUACCGAAAUGACGGGAGAAGAUAGUAGUCAAAGCCAGAAGGAUGAUAUUCCUCCAAAAGAGCCAGUGUGCCCCGACGAGGAGCCCUCCGACGACGCCAUUGCCUCAACCGCAGGAACAACUCCCCUGGAAACAGGCCCUGAACCCGUCGAAACCGAUAAAACCCCAAUGGGAGUUGCUGCAACAGCUGAACCUCUUCCAGAAGAAAGUGUCGUAGCUGAGGCCAUGUCCAAAGACGUGGCCGUUGAAGAGGUUGGGAAAGAAGAAGCCAAACAGGUCGAGGAGCAACAACAAACAGAUGAAACCAACGCCAAGGAUGACAUCACCACUGAUCUGACAGCCGAGGUCGUGUCGGAAUCGGCCGAACAAUCUCCCGUCACUAAGCUGGAUCAGGAAACUAUGACUUCUGGUGAAGUCGACAACGCCGACCUGCCGAACGAGGAUGAUGUGACUCAUGCAAACGGAUCGGUAGAGACAGCUGAAGAAAACCUUGAUAUUUUGUCGUCCCCGCCAAGCCAGCAACCCGUGGAGAUUCCCGCUGAGCCAGCCGAACCACAGAAAGAUGUCGCUGAGGAUGCGCCCGCUUCCCCUCUCGCAACUUGUGAAGAAGAUCUCAGCCAGCUGCCGGGGAUUGCUCAAAGCUCCGGGCCCAGUGACACUACUGUUGUUGAUUCAGACAAGGAGGCUCCUUCCGAAGUCCCAGCAGUAGCUGAGCCCGCUGCUGAAGGACAGACACAGGAAGAGCCAGAGGCUAAUAUUAUUGUGAAUGGUGAAAAUGAGGCCGUAGAAGCCGACCAGAGGCCGAAUUCAGAGCUCGACAGCCAAGCUGUGCCAGAAGUUCCAGUUGUUGAGGUUGAUCCUACGGAAAACCCGGAAACUGCGACGCCUGCUAUUAACAAAGAGGACCUGGAAACAGGCGCCAAGGCCGAGGAUGCUACUGCGAGUGUCGAGGAUGCAGCGCCUAUUGAUGCAAAGACAAAGGGUGGUGCUCCAGUAGUUGAUGAUAAUACAACAUCUGAAACACCAAUCGACGUAGACACCGAACCUCCCAGUGAGAAUUCUGACGGCGCCAACGAUGUUGUCACUUCCGUGCCCAAGGUAGAUACCUCUUCCUUGAACGGCGAUAUUUCCAAGGAUGAACUCCCAGCAGCGCAGCUCAAUACCGAACCCGAUGCCACUUCCAAAUCUGCCGUUAUCGGUCAUGAGACGACACCACAGAAAGGUAUUGAAGUGAUUGAGGCAACGCUGCUAGACUCUAAGCCGACGGAAACGUUCGUCGACAACAAGUCUGACCCAUUACCCGACCACACUCACAGCUCAAUCCAAAAAUUACAAACUGAAGUUGUCGAGCCCUCCGCAAACAAGGAGCCGGAAGUUGAGCCCAUUGCACAAUUGGCGAAGUCUCAAGAAGACUCCAAAACCAUAGAGGACGUCGAGAAGGCAAAUGGCAACACUCUUGUCGCAUCAACAGAAUCUGUGGCCGAGGUUCCAGAGCUCAAGCCUCUCCCGUUGACCGCUGAACCCGCCUUGCAGGCUACUGAACUCAACGCGGCCAACACUGAAACCCCCGUGCAAAACAAGGUUGUCAGCGAAGCCCCUCUCCCUACCCAGCAGCCGCUCGAAUUGACGCCAGAAACUAAGUCCAACUCCGCAAUUGCGAACACUGAUCCCACCUUGCCUGUGAAGGAAAACGAGAUUGUUAAGGACAAAGUCGUAUCAAGUUCCGUCGUCAAAGGACCUGCGAGCGAUAAUUCCGCCCAAGUACCUGCCGUGCCAGUGGUUCUGCCCAACGCCCUUGACAAGCCAGAGGACGCCCUGAAAGCUGGGACCGACAACUCACAACAGCCUGCGUUCGUGGAAUCUGCUUCGACCCCAGCCGCCUCCAGAAGUACCGUCACCAACUCGACUGGGGAACCUUCAUCCCCACCCGCAGUCGUUUCCAAGAAAACCCAAAACGGUCCCCCAUCGACUUCCGAUUUGGACGUGAAGCAGGCACAGCCCACCGCCGAUGGCACUAUCUCCAACGCAGCCACAGAGCCCGUUUCGGCUGCCGAUGGAAGCAAGUCGGUUACCAAGAAUGCCAAUGAACCACAGCGCCCUCCAACAGCAAACCAAUCUGUCACGUCUCUCACCACACAUAAACGGGACAGCUUCUUCCGGGCAUUGUGGCGUGCUGUUUUCCAGAACUUUUUGGGAGGGCUGUUCAGCGCAUUCCGUCGCCGCGACAGACCGUCGCAAUGA